AUGGCCCCUCCUGAGUUGCCCCAUCCACAGGGGCCCCCACCAGGGGAUGGGGGGCCCCCUGGGGCCUCCCGUUUAGAUUUGCUGCUGCAACAGCCGCAAGACUUGCAUGCAUUACCUUGUCUUCCUCAUUCGCAGCUGCAUCCUUGGGUGCAGCUGCUGCAGCUGAAUGAGCAUCAGCAGCAGCAGCGGCAGCAGCUAUUGCUGCAGCAGCAAACCACAGGACCAACAAACUUGUUCGCCCUCGCAUACAACAGCAGCAGCAGCAGCAGCAGCAGCACAAGCGACACAGACACAACAGCGGCCAGGCUUAGUGGGGUCCCCAACAGCAGGAGGGAGGGGGCAGCAGCAGCAACAGCAGCAGAAGGAGCAAUAGGAGGGCCUCAUGCGGGCCCUUCCCCCCCUACGACAGGCGCAGCACCAGCAACACCAACAACAGCAGCAGCAACAGCAGCAGGAGCUCGGGUGUAUCCUGAGCUGCUGCGAGGGUACAGCAGUUUUGCUGUCAGCAAAAGGGGGGCCCUUCUUGCUGCUGCAGCAGCAAAAGAUAUUCAGAUUUUCUCUAUGGAUACCCUCUCUCUUUAUGCUUAUAUACAGCUGCAGCUACCCUGCAGCAGCUGCAGCAGCAGCAGCUGCUGCUGCAACAAACAGCAUGCAGCAGCAACAGAAAGCGUGCAGACAGAUGGAGGCAACGCAGCAGCUGCAGCAGCAACAACAGCAGCAGAUGCCACGGAGCAGCCACCCCCCCUCAGCUCUUCUGAUGCGGCAAUUGACUCCUCGCAGCAGCAGCAGCAAAAGCAGCAGCAGCAGCAGCCGCUGCAGGCAGUGCAGCAGCUGGAUUUUGCUGCAGCAGAUCGCGCGCUGCUUGCAUUAACAACUUGCUGCCGCCUUUUUGUUUAUUCGCUGCUGCAGCAGCAGCCUGUGCUGCUGCUAGCUGUAGAUCUAAAUCAGGUGUAUAUACAGGCUAUACCUGCAUUAGGACUGCAGCAGCAGCAACAACAACAGCAGCAACGGCAGCAGUUGCAACUUACAGCAAGGCGCAGCAAAACAAGAGGGGAAGAGGAAGAAACAGACGACGAAGCAGAGCAGCAGCAGCAGCAGCAAGAAGAGGAGGCCGAGGAGCAGCAGCAACAGCAGCAGCAGCAGGAAAUACAAGAAGAACAGCAACAGCAGCAGGAUGAGUCGCAGGGAGAACAACUGCAGCAGCAGCAACAGCAGCAGCAACAACAGCAUCAGCAGCAGGAGAGUGUAUCCGAGGGUAGUGCUGCUCCUCUUGUUAGUGACAGCGACGGAGGUCGUAGAGGAAGACUAAGCAACAACAGCAGCAGCAGCAGCAGCAACAGCUGCAGCCGCAGCAGCAGCAAGGGGCAUUUUUGCAGCAAAGACCAGCAGACGGCAGACUCUGGUGCAGCACCUGCAGCAGCAGCAGCAGCAGAGCCCGAGAGGCUAAAGAUUUGCUGCAUGCAGCUGCUGUCCUUGGUGCUGCCCUCUGCUGUUUGUCUUACGGAGAGAAGAGCUGAUGAUGCAUGGCGAUUUGCUGUUGCUGCUGCAGCAGCAACAGCAAAGGCAGCAACAACAGCAGCAACAGCAGCAGCAGCAGCAGAUGCUAGUCCUGCUGCUGCUGCUGCUGAUAGUGCAGCCACUAAAGACCCGAAGCAAACAAAAGAAGGAUCUGCGGAUGCGUCAAAUGAAGCUCCUGCUGCAGCAGAAACUGCAGCAGCAACUGCAGCAGCAGCAGCAGCAGCAGCAGCAGCAGAUUUAGAGGCUUUAUCUGGUGAAGGAUCGAUGUCUUUAAUAGUGUCAUUUGCUGCUGAUCCAAGGGCAGAGACAGAGACCUGUACAUACACCGCACCGCUGCUGCUGCAAUUCGUGCUGCAGCCGCAGCAGCUGCUGCUGCUUUAUCUGCAGCAGCAGCUGCUACGGCACCAUCAGCAGCAGCAGCAGCAGCAAAAUCAGCUGCGGCUGCAGCUAUUCCCAAUUCAACAGACGCAGCAGCAACAGCAGCAGCUGCUGCAGCACCAACAGCAGCAGCAACAGCAGCAGGAUGUUGACAAACUUGUGGCUGUAUGUUCUCCUAUGGGCACCUUGUGGUUGCUGCGUUUGCUGCAGCAUGAUGGGCAGCAGCAACAGCCACAGCAACAAAAGCUGUCAGACGAACAGCAGCAGCAGCAGCAGCAGCAGGUAGCAGAGAUUGUUGCAUGCUCCCAUUUUGCUGCUGCUGCUGCACCAGUAGAGGUAAAGGCUCGUCCUGAUGGCGGCGCGCUGCUGCUGCGCUGCGUAGAUAGAAUAGUUGCUGUUUCUGUCUACUUAACCACUGCAGCAGCAGCAGAUGAUGAUGAGGAGGAGGAGGAGGAAGAGGAAGAAGAUGAAAAAGAAGAUGCUGCUGCUGCUGCUGCUGCUGCUUCCAUGGAUGAAGAUGAGGAUGAGGCGGAGGCAGAUGCAUGCAAGACCAAUGACCCUGCACCCGAAGAAUCGGCAGAAAAUGCUGCAGCAGCAAGCGAUGCAGUAGCAGCAACAGAUGCAGCAGCACCAAGCGAUGCAGCAGCGCCAAGCGAUGCUGCAGCAGCAACAGAUGCAGCAGCACCAAGCGAUGCUGCAGCAGCAACAGAUGCAGCAGCACCAAGCGAUGCAGCAGCACCAAGCGAUGCAGCAGCAGCAAACGAUGUAGCAACAGCAAACGAUGCAGCAGCAACAACAGCAACAGCAGCAGAGGAGAAGGGGGGAGAUGCACGUGAGCAAAGGAAAAGGCCGAGAGAUGACGGCGAAAGCAAACAGCAAGAAGGGGAGCAGCAAGAAGAGCAGCAGCAGAAGGAGCUGGAAGCGAUUGAUACCGACAGCGGCAGCAGCAGCAGCGGCAGCAGCAGCAGCAGCAGCGGCUGCGUAGAGGAGGGAGAUGAGCCUCAUGGCAGGAAGCGGAGGUUGCAGUCCAAGGAUGACCAAAUUGUUGGUGCAGCAGCAGCAGCAGCGGAUACAAAAGCAGCAGCAGCAGCAGCAGCACAACCAUCCGCAGAUUCCUCCUCAGCAGCAGCAGCAGAAGGAGGGAACGAUAAAGAAGCAUUUGAAGGGGAGGCAUCUGGUACAGAGAGUUCACAGCAUCAGCAGCAAUCUCAACAGCAGCAACAGCAACAGCAACAGCAGCAGCAGCAGCAGCAGCAGCAACAGCAGCAGCAGCAGCAGGAGCGUUUAAGACUAUCAUUACAAUUUGUGUUACAAGAUCGUGUACAACCAGCAAAUGAUGAUUCAUCCUGCAGCAGCAACAGCAACACCAGCAGCAGCAGCAGCAGCAUCAACAGCAGCAGCAGCAGCAACAACAACAACAGCGGGAGUUGUAUGGAUAAUAGCAGCAAUAAUAUGGAGAGAAG